GUGAUCCGGACGGACACGUUCAAGCACUUGCGGCACCUGGAGAUUCUGCAGCUGAGCAAGAACCUGGUGCGCAAGAUCGAGGUGGGUGCCUUCAACGGGCUGCCCAGCCUCAACACGCUGGAGCUUUUUGACAACCGGCUGACCACGGUGCCCACGCAGGCCUUCGAGUACCUGUCCAAGCUGCGGGAGCUCUGGCUGCGCAACAACCCCAUCGAGAGCAUCCCCUCGUACGCCUUCAACCGCGUGCCCUCGCUGCGGCGCCUGGACCUGGGCGAGCUCAAGCGGCUGGAGUACAUCUCGGAGGCGGCCUUCGAGGGGCUGGUCAACCUGCGCUACCUCAACCUGGGCAUGUGCAACCUCAAGGACAUCCCCAACCUGACGGCCCUGGUGCGCCUGGAGGAGCUGGAGCUGUCGGGCAACCGGCUGGACCUGAUCCGCCCGGGCUCCUUCCAGGGUCUCACCAGUCUGCGCAAGCUGUGGCUCAUGCACGCCCAGGUAGCCACCAUCGAGCGCAACGCCUUCGACGACCUCAAGUCGCUGGAGGAGCUCAACCUGUCCCACAACAACCUGAUGUCGCUGCCCCACGACCUCUUCACGCCCCUGCACCGCCUUGAGCGCGUGCACCUCAACCACAACCCCUGGCAUUGCAACUGCGACGUGCUCUGGCUGAGCUGGUGGCUCAAAGAGACGGUGCCCAGCAACACGACGUGCUGCGCCCGCUGUCAUGCGCCCGCCGGCCUCAAGGGGCGCUACAUUGGGGAGCUGGACCAGUCGCAUUUCACCUGCUAUGCGCCCGUCAUCGUGGAGCCGCCCACUGACCUCAACGUCACCGAGGGCAUGGCUGCCGAGCUCAAAUGCCGCACGGGCACCUCCAUGACCUCCGUCAACUGGCUGACGCCCAACGGCACCCUCAUGACCCACGGCUCCUACCGCGUGCGCAUCUCCGUCCUGCAUGACGGCACGCUCAACUUCACCAACGUCACCGUGCAGGACACGGGCCAGUACACGUGCAUGGUGACGAACUCGGCCGGCAACACCACCGCCUCGGCCACGCUCAACGUCUCGGCCGUGGACCCCGUGGCAGCCGGGGGCACCGGCGGCGGCGGGGGCGGCCCUGGGGGCGGUGGUGGUGUUGGAGGGGGCAGUGGCGGUUACACCUACUUCACCACGGUGACCGUGGAGACCCUGGAGACGCAGCCCGGAGAGGAGGCCCUGCAGCCGCGGGGGACGGAGAAGGAACCGCCGGGGCCCACGACGGACGGUGUCUGGGGCGGGGGCCGGCCCGGGGACGCGGCCGGUCCUGCCUCGUCGUCUACCACGGCACCCGCCCCGCGCUCCUCGCGGCCCACGGAGAAGGCGUUCACGGUGCCCAUCACGGAUGUGACGGAGAACGCCCUCAAGGACCUGGACGACGUCAUGAAGACCACCAAGAUCAUCAUUGGCUGCUUCGUGGCCAUCACGUUCAUGGCCGCGGUGAUGCUCGUGGCCUUCUACAAGCUGCGCAAGCAGCACCAGCUCCACAAGCACCACGGGCCCACGCGCACCGUGGAGAUCAUCAACGUGGAGGACGAGCUGCCCGCCGCCUCGGCCGUGUCCGUGGCCGCCGCGGCCGCCGUGGCCGGUGGGGGUGGCGUGGGCGGGGACAGCCACCUGGCCCUGCCCGCUCUGGAGCGAGACCACCUCAACCACCACCACUACGUGGCUGCUGCCUUCAAGGCGCACUACAGCAGCAACCCCAGCGGCGGGGGCUGUGGGGGCAAAGGCCCGCCCGGCCUCAACUCCAUCCACGAACCUCUGCUCUUCAAGAGCGGCUCCAAGGAGAACGUGCAAGAGACGCAGAUCUGAGGCAGUGGGGCCUGGCGGGCGAGGGGCGUGGAGCCCCCCACCCUGGUCCCAGCCCGGGCGCAGCCUGACCGGGACCCCUCCCUCCCACAGCCCAGCCCACCUUCUGGGACCACGCAGGGAAUUGGGGAGAGGUGGCUUCCAGCCCCAUCUGGGGCUCGGACCCCCAGUGAGGACAGGGUGGGGCUCCAGGAACGGAGUCUCUGGGGUCCUCGCCUCACCCCCGCCAAUCCCCGGUGACGGGAGGGGACGUGGGACCAGGAGAAGUGGCGUUUCCUCCUCGCGCUCCGCGUUUCCUCCUCGCUCUCCCGACCAAGCGUUCCCGGCCCGCCGCCUUCCAAGGGAGAGAGGAGCUUUUUCCAGGGGUGUCCUUUCCCCUCGGCCCCAGACACCCUCCUUUUACGGUUCAGUUUUUGCAGUUUGACGCCCGUCCCUCCCUCCCACUCCUCCGCCCUCAAAACUGAAGAGAUGGACACGUCGCCAGAGCUCCCGGCCGGCGGUCCCUGUCGUCGGCAGAGGGUGGCAGCCUCCACCCGCCCCAGCCCCACCUGCCCCACAGACACUUUUGAUACUGAAGGGAGGUUUGCGUCAACGACUACCUGCUCUGUAAUUACUUUAAAAAAAAAAACAUGGAAAAAGUAAAAAAAUA